AUGCUUGCUUCGCGUGCUGUUCGUCCUGCUUCCUUCCUGGCACGACCCUUCAGUUCGUCUGCUGCGGUCUUCAGAACCCCCUCUAUUCGUGACAUCACCGCCGACUCGGCUUCCGAGUUCAACGCGCGUCAAAAGGAGUUUCGUGAGAACUUGGAGGUGGCCCGUAAGAGAAAGGAACAACAAGAGAGUCAGUCUGUCGAUGCCUCUGCUUCCUCAUCUCCCUCUCCCUCUCCCCCUGCUUCCCGUGAUCGUUUCCGGGAUGAACAAUUGAAGGAUCAGUCUCCCAAGCGUGGUCCGCUGUCGUCGCUCAUCUACGGAACUAAGGAAGGUCAACAGCUCGACAAGGACAUUGAACGCUCAUUCUCGCAAGUUCUCGCCCGCGGAAAAUACGUCCACUCAAUCGUCUUCCACGAAGUCAAACCUGACAAGGUGGAUGAAUAUGUCGACCUCAUCAGCACCUGGUAUCCCCGCAUGGCCCAAAUGGAGGAGAACAAAUUGCACCUGGUUGGCAGUUGGCGCACGCAAGUGGGCGAUAACGAUACUUUUGUCCACAUUUGGGAGUACCAGCGAUACGAUGGCUACCAUUCCUCAUUGCACAGCAUAUCGCAACACCCUGAAUUCCCCGAAUUCGACCGCAAGCUCAAGAAGCUGAUCAAGAGCAAGAAAACAUCUCUCAUGCAAGAAUUCUCUUUCUGGCCCACGACCCCACCCCGCCGCCUGGGAGGUAUCUUCGAGCUCCGAUCGUACACUCUGCAUCCCGGCAACCUCCUUGAAUGGGAGACGCAUUGGCGACGUGGUCUCACAGCCCGUCGGGAGGUGAUGGAAGGUGUGGGUGCAUGGUUCGUGCAGAUUGGCGACUUGAACACGGUGCACCACUUGUGGCAGUUUGCGAACUUGGAAGAGCGCAAGAUCCGUCGGGAGCAGUCGUGGCAGAUUGAAGGCUGGGCAGAGACCGUUCACAAGACUGUUCCUCUGAUCCAGACCAUGCAAAGUCGGAUCCUGAUCCCGAUGCCGUGGAGCCCGGUUGGUUAA